CACGUGGAGCCUAAGCAGUUCAUAAGAAGCCAUUUUUUGCGCUCUAGAUUUUCAACCGUGUAGACAUGUCUGGCCAACAAGAACCGCCUCGUCCCUGCCCUGGAAGAAUGAUUAACAAGAUCAAACGGGAGAUGCUGGAGCGGGAGAGCUCACCGAGGAGACAUAUGCCUAUUGGCCAGGGCCGAUGAAAACGAAAGCGGAACGAAUGAUUUAUGUUCCGCCUGAGGAGUACGUUCCGGAUACUUCCCCGGAAGAUACUUCCUCGGAAGGAACGACUUCCCCAGGACGCGAUCAAGAUACCGGCACUGCGAAAAAGAGGCGUGCUGAAGCGAAAGCAGGACGCGGGCGCACUAAAGGCUCUGGAGGAGGUGCCGGUGUCAUCAAGAAAAAGACUGUCGGUACUGGUAAGCGCGGCCGUCCUCCCGGAAGCGGCAAGAAAUCAGUAAAGUCACUGUCAUCUGGACGCGGUCGUGGACGUCCUCUGGGAAGCGCCAAGAUUCCACAUGAAAAACGUGGACGUUCCGAGAAGAACGCUGCUACGCAAGAGGGAACUGGGUGAAGAUUACCUACAUCAGCACGGGCAUAUUUUGUGUUGUAUUCGGUAUGAUGCUUUUCUUAUGUUUAAAUCGUAUUCCCAUGUUUAUAAGCGGUCGUGAUGAUGUUUUUGAGGUUUUAAACAAACGACUUCGUCAGCUGCACUGUCAGUGAUGUGUUGAAAUGAUGUACUGCGUAAUUUUGGUUUUAACCUAUGUUAAUUGCGAAUCACACAAUUAAAGCGAGCUGAGU